AUGAGGUGGGCAGCAAUUGUGGUUAGGCGGCAGAAACAACCACCGUCGCUGCUGCAUCGUUGUAGCGGUAGUAUGAUUAUGAUUAGUAGCAGCUGUCACGGUGCCGGCAAACGGUUUCUCAGUGCUGGGGAGAUGUCGAGGUAUGAUGCGAACACAUGCAAAUCCGGCACACUCACGCAAUGGCUGAUUUCUUCAUUCCAGAGGAGGUGGCGUUAUUUCCGCGCGCAGCGGAUUUCGCGGAAGUGCUUGACUCUUGGAACGUGCGUUCUUCUUCUUUCUGUUGGCUACGUUUCGCUAUGCGUGCUGGUGGGGUGGCAGUUGGAGGCGUCCGUGCAUGCGCUUUUCCAGCCGCACGAGGAAUAUCCUCUUGAGGAGUGGUCAAAGGUGGAGCCGACUUUGCGUGAGGGCGAUGUCGUGCUGCUCAUGGGCACCGGCAUCACGAGUUGGAAGAUUGCAAUAGCGCAGUUUGCGUACAGCCUCAUGCGGCCCGCGGCCCUGAGGUUUUCGCACGUGGCAGUGGUGGUGGAGCCGGCACAACUGGAGCGCUGGUCGGCACACUCGCUCUCUUCCACUGCCGCCUCCGUGGAUGCAUCCGGGCGUUGUCGUCCCUUGUUUUCAUCCGGCACGAUUGCCGACGUGCUGCACAGGGAGCGCUCAAUGCUGCAACGAAAACAGAAACGCGGUGUGAUUUUGAUGGAGUCGGUUGAUAACCUUGACAUUCACGCCCCCGAUGUGGAUGGAAAAGUACGUCAUGAGUGUGUACAGCUUGUUGAGGCAAAUCAUCGCCUUUUUGGACGUGAAGGGGACCGCUGGUGUUACAACCGCCUUGCGGUUAGACGACUGAAGGGGUUUGAGUGGACGCCAGAGCGGAAACGCCGCCUGCGUAUGUUCAUCAAUGAAAAUGUAGGCCGCCCAAUGGACAAGAGCUCGCUGCUGACGCUAAGCUACAUUCACCCCAAACUUUAUGAGUGGACAGGGGCCCGUUCAAAGGGGACGGAAAUCAGCUGCGGCGAAUUAAUUGUCGACCUCUACAAAUUCUGCGGAGUUAUUAAAAAGAGAAUGCGGAUGGUCCCAGUGACGGAUGCCCACGCGCAGAGCGACGGUGACGUGGUUAUAAACCCCGACGGCAGCAUGAGCCGCCCCGAGUGGUACUACAGACGCCCGAGCAUACAGACGGCACCGUAUCACUUUGCCGAAGACAUGGAGGUUGGCGUGCUUGAUUUUGCGGAGGGGAUUUCUUUGGGUCCAGAGGUGCGCAUGAGUCUUCCUGGCGGGGAGAAGCAGGCGCGUUAA